AUGAGCAUUCGACAUCUCGAUGUAGAGGCAGACGAGGUGAUGAUGUCAUUUGAAAUGAUCUCGUCACUCAUCUCUAUCCUACCCGUUCUGGCUAUCGACAAUAUCAACGGCUUUUUGAGGGGAAAGUGUGUUGAGAACAACCCACAGUCCAAACGAGUGCGUAUCAUCGAAAUCCUAGAAUUGGGCCCUAAGACAUUCUUCACAUUCGACGGCCAAGUCUACGGGCAAAAGAAGGGCACACUGAUGGGCUCGCCUCUGACUGAACUAAUCGUCAAAGUAUUUUUGCAAAGGCUCGAUUAGCUGAUCUUCAGCUCCUACCACCCGAUGUUCUGGGCCUGAUAGAUCGAAGACACAUUCGUCAUCAUCAGGAGGGGCGACGUGCAAUCUUUUAAGACACUACUGAAUUCAGUCUUUCCCGACAUUCAGUUUACUAUAAAGGAAUAAGUCAACAACCAGCUGCCACUCCGGUCGUAUCUUAUUUCAUGGCCGUAUCUGCAGUAGAUAAGCCCAGCCUAAUCCCUAGUCAUAACCGCUAAUCCCAACCCCUAACCCUGACCUCUAACCCCUACUCCUAACCCUGACCAAUAACCCCAACUCCUAAUCCUAACCCCUAGCAGGUACGACUACGGAACAAGAUCUCGCCGUCCUUCCUCGACGGACAAAUCGCAAAGCCGGUACACAGGUAGAUAAGGACAACGGUCUACCAUUAGGUAAGCAAUACCAGGCGCACCCUCUUGAUCACAAACACCGUUGUGUCAGAACAAUCUUCCCAUUUGUUCAAAUACACUGUACGGAGGACAGUAGGAGGAGGUAAAGUACCAACACGCCCUUUUCAAAACCAGUAGCUGCCCGAAGUGCCUCAUGCGUAAGCGCCAUCGACAGCCUCAUUUUGUGCGCUUGAACGGAAAAAAGCCGAAGUUCUGCCCCUCAAGUCCCUAGGUGGAGAAGGUUUCAUGGGUGAUGGCAAGAAUUCUAAAACUUUGUGGAGUCAGUGUGGACUUAUAAAACGGAAUCAGCACCAAGACAGUAAAUAGGAAGGCUCAAAGAGCCAUUAGAGCAGUGGUCCACAACAUACAGGAGAUGUGAUAACUCAUAAAAUGUUAACCGAAACUCUGAAAUGCGUUUUCGACUCGAAAAGAUUACUUAAAUAAGGUUGUAAUAUUUAUCAUCAUGCAGGAUAAUCUCAUAAUAACUCGGUUAUUAUAGCAUGCCGACUUUUGGACGAACUUCCUUCCGGUCGCCUGCAAAAAUUGCACUUUGUGAAAAAUGACUACAUAAGCAGUACAAUUUUUGUCAUUGAUUUUCGAUACCCUUAUAAAUUUAGAUAUAUUUCAUAGAAAUAAUGCAUAAACAUAUUCAAUCAUUUACUCAUUUUAUAGAUAAUUACGCUGUCUUCGAAUUGUAUACUUGAAGGAAGGGUAUAACUCGGUUUUAAGAAAGUUUAUGAUUAUGAGGUAUUUUGAGACCGUGAAAUUCCCUUUCAUAAAACAUCUUCUGUCUGCAUUUACUAAUGCUACUUAUAAGCUAUGCAAUGUUGUUCACAUCCACUGUACAAUUUUAUCAACUGCAUAUGGCCUCCUUUUAGUAGUGUCCAAAAAUAUAUGAUUUUCCGUGCACGGAGAAUAUGCAGUCCGUAUUUGGAAACCCCGAAUGCAAGUGCAACGGCGGGUCGGGUUCGAAGUUAUUCUGGAAUUGGAAAAGUUUUACAUACCGUAACCCGAUACCGAUACUAGCUAAAAGCACAGACGUGUCCCUUUACCGUAUAGAUUUCAUACUGCUCGUAGCAUUACUUGUUUAUGGAAUCGGCCUUACGUGGUUGGUCCACAGUAGUUAAUUGUCUUCGACCCGAAUGUUCAUUGAAAUUUCGAGCCUGGCCCCGAAAAGCCAUGUACAGUAGACUCAACCCCAUGUUCUGCACUGAAUAAUUCCUGAAAUUAUUCGAUCGGUGAGCGCCCCUCUAACAUUGUACAUUCUUGGUCGCAACCGACAGGACGACGGUCCCGUGGCUCAGUGGUUGGAGUCGCUGGACAUUUUACCAACAGCUCGCGGGAUCGAACCCCAGGUGUUCAACACUUCGGGGUUGGGUAUGACUGGCUGACGACGGCCAAUAAACCAGAAAUUGCCGCUCCAAUCUCCCUUGUCUUUGUCGGUAAUGUCAUUCUGCCCUUAUAUAUAUUCGCAGAUACUGAAGCAUCAGCAAACACAAGAGAGGCUAUUUCUGGCUUAUUAGUCGUCCACACCCAAUCAGGCCUAAUCCGAAGUGUGAACCACCUCAGAUUUAAAUCUGGGAGCCUUGGUGAUUAAUUCAAACUCACCAUUAGCUGCAUAGUUUACUAGUCGCCACGCGACUGCCUGCGAAGGCUCUAGAUUGAGCCCCAAGACACAAGGGGACCAGCAUGAUCCGUAGCCUAAUUGACGAGAGACUGAACUGCAGGGCGCAGCUCGACAGUCACGUCCCCAUCCAUGGCACGUUUGUUGUUUCGUCCGAGAAAUCAGAACAGGAUUUUGGUAACGGUGGAGUACAGCAGGCAGAAGCGUGUUCACCGACAGGGCUGCUCAUCCAGUUGUGCCUUAGUUUAGAACUCUGGCAGACAGCAGUGGAGCGACCAGGAGUCUCGACAAAGACAAAAGUGACUGGGAUGGCCACUUUUGCCCGUCGCCAGCCGGCCUUACCGAUACUCAGGUUUUUUCGCACAUACGCCUCAAACCUGCAUUAUUUUGCCGGACCUUCUUUCUGCAUGUAUAUGCUCUACACUGAGCAUCCCCCGCAGCCCUAUCAGUCAAUGCACCUUCAGCAUAAGUACUGCAGUUUUUAAGUAACUUUAGAUGUCGAAUAUUAAAAAAAUUAUAAAUUUCUGCAAAAUGUAUAUUAGAGAUUAUGCCAAACCAAUUAAACUAACGAGUAUAACGACAAGAAUAUUACGGCUUAAUAGGAGUUAAUGAACUUUUGACAAGUGGGUGUAAGAACUCUCGCGAGGAGGCCACCAUGCAAAAGCAGAUGACUCCUUUGAGGUCCUUCCCUCUACCGUCGUCGUCGUCGUCGCCGCCGUCGCCUCCUCUCCCCCUUCUGCUUCUCCCCCCCUCUUCUCUUCCUUCUCUUCCUCCUACCCCAUCAUUCCCCUCUCUCUCCUUCCCAUCCUCCUCCUCCUCCCCCCUCUGCCCCCUCCCUCUCUUCUCUUCCUCUUCACCCCCUCUCCUCUUCCUCCUCCUCCUCCUCCUCCUCCUCCUCCUCCUCCCGGCAUUGUCCCGAACCUCGUGCACAUCUUCACUGGUGAUGCGUGUGUGAUGUUAGUGUGUCCGCAGUCCUUGAGCAAGAACAUCCAGCAUGGCCUCUCAUUCACGCGAUUUUGUCAUGUGGCGAAAGCGGGCGUCUUUUGA